CGCGGUGCUGCCAAACUGGAGAGCCGUGCGCAGGGCUCGUUUCAGCGUGCGUCUGUCUGGACACGCAAAAGAGCCGCUGCUCCCGCCCAAGGGCCCUCCAAAGCUGCAAGUGCUUUUGCGUCCCUCGCCAUCCCGCUCCUCCAGCACACGUCUCUGAACCCAGCCGCUGCUGCACCGCUAGCCGCCGCCCCUGCCUUCCUGCCCGACGCCCUGUUCCUGUCGCUGCCCACGCCUUCUUCGUCACCCCUUGCCGAUCCGCUCCCUUGACGGGCGUGAAACCUUAGCCAGCGAGCACCGACUUUUCUGCGCCGCCGCCUCCUGCUGCCAACUCACCCGCUCGUCUCUCUCCCUUCCCACGCUACCGAGCGCAGCGUGUUCUUGUGGGCGCAAUAAGACCGUCCGCCCCGCUGGCCCUGCACCUGCCGAAACACACCCACGCGCCCCGUCACCCGUCACCACUCAGUCACCAUGACCAAGUCUCUGGAGUCCUCCCGGCCCAUGCUGGCCAGCUCUACCGGCAACCGUGCCUCAACACGCAUGUCGACGUACAGCACAGCACCCACCCUGACGCCCUCGGUCGCGCCCUCACACCUUUCCGAAGCCUCAUCUACCGCCGGCGACCCAAGGGCCCAGGAAAUCAAGUCUUGGAACGAGGGCUUUGAGCGUCUCGAGGACAAGCGCCUUGUGCAACAGCGCUACAUGCUCAACAACGAGAAGACAGACAACAUGAGCAAGCUCGCUCUCGGCGCAAAAUUGGACCGCGCUCUUGCGCGACGCAUGUCAGGUCAGGAUGCCGUCUUCCGACCGAAAGUCCUCAGCGAGAAGAAGGUGGAGGCAUAAGCCUGCCCGUCCACCCAAUCGCUCAUCACGUUGAUUUCUUCGCAAUCCGAUAAUACCUUCCGACACAUUGCUGCUCGCAGCACAUCCCCGCAACCUGCACUUCCGAUUCCAAGCAACAAGCAUGAUAUCCCUUGAGAGUGGCGAUUGUCACGCCGAAUAAAACGCCAACCCACAUUGGCCUUUUUACCUUUGUUUUGCGUACCACACCGAACACAGCAUGGAGGAGCCUGGCCAGAGACGCCGAGAGGGAGUGGCAUUGGCGGUGUACUAUGGCGGACCUCAUCACAUCUCCCACUAUUUUUCUUUGGGGCUUCCAGCGGUGUUUCUAAGAUAUCUGGGUUAAGGAUUUCAAGGCGUCUGUCCCACGGCCGGCGGAUUGUGCCGGCUUUCACUCUAUCUACUUUGUUACCAGCAUUUCAGACAAUGAAUCGGCAUGUGCUCCAUCCUGU